GGGUGACCUUGAACCUUCGGGAGAAAGAUGGCGAAUCUCUGGCGGCUGGGUGUCCUGUGUGGUGCGCAAGGAGGCCGAGCUCUGUUUCUCCGAAUUCCAGUAGUCAGACCUGCUUAUGUCUCAGCAUUUCUCCAGGACCAACCUACCCCAGGACAGUGUAGAACACAGCACAUUCACCUGUCACCCAACCACCAUGCUGGUUCCAAGGCUUCAUCUCUCCACUGGACUGGUGAGAGGGUGGUCAGUGUUUUGCUCCUGGGCCUAAUUCCAGCUGCUUAUUUGAAUCCCAGCUCUGCGAUGGACUACUCCUUGGCUGCAGCCCUCACGCUCCAUAGUCACUGGGGCCUUGGACAAGUGGUUACUGACUACGUUCACGGAGAUGCUUUGCAGAAAACCGCCAAGGCAGGAGUUUUGGCCCUGUCAGCUUUAACCUUUGCUGGGCUGUGUUAUUUCAACUAUCAUGAUGUGGGCAUCUGCAAAGCUGUUGCCAUGCUGUGGAAGCUCUGACCUUUUUGACUUAAUACCACGAGAAUUGAUUGUACACCUCUUUGCCUCUGCUCUGUCAUGCCAUUGAAC